GGUGAGCAGAACAAAAUCUGUUCGUUAAAUAAUAUAUAACAAAAUGUUAAUUUCAUUGUGUUCAUUAAUUUGGAUUGUCUGUUCAGUUUGGGUGUUAUUAGGCUUGCUGUUUUACAGUUUUCCAGAAUAUUCACCAGCUGCUAUUCUUGAUUUGUACACUUAUGGCAAGAUUCGCGAUACAAAAUCUAAAGUUUCAGUGACUGAAAGAUUGCUUCUUCCAAAAAGCUGGUUUGCCCACUUCUAUCUGUCAGGAGUGAUAUGUGUGACCACACUGCUGUGUCUAUGCCUAAAUGUAACCUGUCUUGGUGGAGACUUGCCUGCAGUGCUGGGGACAGUGGUCAACAUCUUGAGAAAUCAAGCCAAGGAAAGUUACGGUGAUGCAUUUUCCAACCUGAUAGUUUUAGUGUGUGCAGAUGUUCAGGUUACUCGUCGCUUCUUGGAGUGCCUGACUGUCAGCGUUUACUCUCCUGAUGGGAAGAUCAGCAUAUUGGUCUAUAUAGUAGGCGUCACGUUCUAUGGGGCGCUACCUCUAUCAUCCCUGGCGGGGACCGAUUACUCAAGGUCUAUCAGCGGUACAGAUGCUCUAUCGCUAUUGAGAUGGCAUCACCUGCUCGGAGUAUUGCUCUUCCUAUGGGCCUCCUAUCAGCAGAAUAGAACAGCUCACCUGUUUGCAAAGCUCAGGCAGGACAAGUCAGGCAAUGUUGAGAACACCAGACAUCACAUCCCAAGAGGGGGACUGUUUGAGUAUGUGUCCUGUCCACACUACUUUGUUGAGAUUCUCAUUUACCUCUCUUUCAAUGUGAUCUUCGCCUUCCGCAACGCCAUGAUGUUCUGGCUGUUUGUGUUUGUACUGGUCAAUCAAGUUAUCACAGGACAUUUCUCUCAUCAGUGGUACAAGAAGACGUUUAAAUCGUACCCAAAGGAUCGGAAAUCUACGAUUCCAUUUGUGUUUUGAACAUGCAUGCAUUGGUAACUAUAAGAAUAACUUUCAUUCGCCCCCUACAAGUUCAGAAAUCAAUGAUUCCAUGUGUUCUGAAUGGUUAACCCAGUGGUGGUAAACUGAUAAUGCUUUAUAAGCGGUAAAAUAAGGACGAAUAUAAUCUGUAAUGCCACAAUAUAAAUGCUUUCAACAUCAGUGGUAUAGAAAAAUUAUCAAUAAGCCUGAGCACAAAGGAAUAAACAGUACAGGUCAUCCCAGGCUCAAAAUAUCCUUUAGCCAGAUAUAUUGCCUCUAUAUUGCCAAAAUCUGCUCAUUUUGGCUAUUAUGAGAAUUUUAAUGACGAAAAUGUUGUAGCCAAACAGAUAUAUCUGUAGACAGAUGGGUCACAUUGUAGAUAGUGGAAAAUUUGAUGUAUAGCAGAGUAAGCCCUGGUGACAUUUGACUUUGUAAAUGAGUACUUGACAGUACAUGAGUCACAUUCUGACAAAACUGGGCAUUAUGCAUGUGCGUUAAGUGUCAUCCCAGAUUAGCCUGUGCAGUGCGCACAGGCUAAUCAGGGACGACAGUUUCCGCCUAAAUUGGAUUUUUGAUAAGAUGAGACUUCAUUUAAAAAAAAAAUGUAAUAAAAGCGGAAAGUGUCGUCCCUGAUUAGCAAGUGGGGAUUGCACAGACUAAUCUGGGACGACACUACGAACAUGCAUUAUGCCCAAUUUUCUCAGAACAAGACUCGUACAUUAAAAUUACCCAACAAUGCUGACAUUCUCAGUACCAUUUGCAGUCUGUUAUGCAAACAAAUUCAUUAAAGCUUCAACGUCUCUAAAAUAUAAUCAUAUGAAGUAUAUGUCACCUGAUAAAUAAAAGCUGACCACUUGUUCUUUGGGUUUAAAUUAUUCUUUUUAACAAAAGAUGUUAGUCAUUUUCUUAUCACGAAUUGAUAAACAAAUUUGUGAAAGGGCUGCAGCCUUUCUACUGAAAUGUAAGCAUGGACAUUUUUUUAAAGUAGGCUUAUUAAGAACCUGAAUUUUAUUUUUGCCUCAAAUAAAUGUAAAGCUAUUUACAAAUAUACAUACAGGUAUUUACAAGAGCCCUGAAUAAUAUGAUUUUCUGCUUAUGACUUUGUUUGUGCUAUGCAGUAUGCAUGUUCAUGUGUAAUUGCUAUGCAUAAUUGACUCUGUUUUAUGUUUACUUUCACAAUUCCAUUUGCAUGUUAAUCAUGUUUCAAUCGUUUUGCUGCUGUUAUGAAUUGAGUUAUAUGAUUUGAGCUGCGUUAUGCAAAAAUGGGUCAUAUGCACAUCUGCACAGACUGGUCAAUUGGUACCCUGUUAACUAUGAAGUCAAACAAUGUUGCAUAGUCACAUUAUAGGACAGGGAACAUGUAGCUCCUGACCAGACUGUGCAAAUGUGCAGGCUGGUCUUUAGCAUUAUUGGCAAAAUAUAGCAUAAGACCCAUUAUGGCAUGACACCUCAUUUAUGACAUGCACAUAAUUUUGAAUACAUUGUACUCACAAGGAGUCUUAUUUGUUAAAGGAAACUUAUUGUAUUUUGCAUCUUUGUAUUGUUUUGCCACUGAAAUACAAAACGCAACACGAUCAGCCAGUCCGUUAUUGACCAGUUAUAACUGACGGCCUAUAAAUCCCAGUGCUUUGCCUUGACCAGUGAUUGCGGUGACUUCAGGUUACGGUUUAUUUUCAAUAUUGCAUCCUGCCUAUUUUCAUGUAUUGUAUAGGCUUAUUGUCUUCUUUAUUAAAUAAAAAACUAUUGGGCAAGAA